CAGCUCUCUGGGGCGGGGGCGGGGGCUGCCCAAGUGCAGGCCCCCUCCCCGCGCGCCUCCGGGACCUGGAAUCCUGGCUGCAGAGCCCUGCCCCGGACUUGCUGCCCCCGCCCUUCCUGCGGGCGCCCGGGGCAGCCCUGCGGGGGCUCAUCCUUGAAUAGUCGCGGGCGCCGCUCUGCUCCCAUCGGUGCGCACGCAUCCGGAGAUGUGGCGGUGGCGAGACGGCCGUCACCAGCCCGCGCGGGGCGCACGAACGGGGCUGGGGGACACGGACAGAUGCAGAAACUGAGGUGCAGAGAAGUUACUGACCUUGUCCCAGGACCCACAGCUAAAUGACUGGACACUCCUAGAGCCUGCAGUCGCCAUCCAGGGGAUUUUUUUCACCACAAAGGGUAAUUCCUGUCUCAUCCCUGCUGUGACUCAGCUGUGACGUUGAACCGCACAAGCCAGCGAGAAGAUAAAAUCAUCAGACUCCCGCACAUCAGAGAGGGUGGCCCGGCCAGCACUCACCUCUUCUCCCAGCACAGACUCCACGGAGCUGGUCCCCUCCCCAGAGGAGCUUGAACAGGGGCCCCCCACCAGCCAGCCUGGGACCCUGAGAUGGCCUCUGGCUCGGCCAGCAGCCGCCACCCCGCCCCCGAUGAGAACGAGUUCCCCUUUGGGUGCCCCCCCACCGUCUGCCAGGACCCACCAGAGCCCAGGCCCCUCUGCUGCUCCGUCUGUCUCUCUGAGAACGUGAGGAAUGGUGAGGAUCGGAUCUGUCCCAAAUGCAAAGGGGACGACACACCAUCUGAGAGGCCAGGAAGCCUUCUGUCUCAGGAGCAGGAUCACUCCGAGGUGGCUGAGGCUGGAGUUGGGUGUCCCUUUGCAGGUGUUGGCUGCGCCUUCAAGGGGGGCCCAAAGUUCAUGCAGGAGCAUGAGGUCACCUCCCAGGCUACCCACCUGAACCUGCUGUUAGGGUUCAUGAAACAGUGGAAGACCCAGCUGGGCUCUGGCCUGGGGUCUGGACCCAUGGCCCUGGAGCGGAAUCUGUCAGACCUGCAGCUGCAGGGGGCUGUGGAGGCAGCUGGGGACCUAGAGGUGGACUGCUACCGGGCCCCCUGCUCCGAGAGCCAGGAGGAGCUGGCCCUGCAGCACUUCAUGAAGGAGAAGCUCCUGACUGAGCUGGAGGGGAAGCUGUGCGUGUUUGAGAACAUUGUCGCCGUCCUCAACAAGGAGGUGGAGGCCUCCCACCUGGCCCUGGCCGCCUCCAUCCACCAGAGCCGGCUGGGCCGUGAGCACAUCCUGAGCUUGGAACGGAGGGUGAUGGAGCUGCAGCAGACCUUGGCCCAGAAAGACCAGGCCCUGGUCAAGCUGGAGCAGAGCUUCCGCCUCAUGGAAGAGGCCUCCUACGACGGCACGUUCCUAUGGAAGGUCACCAGUGUCACCAGGCGGUGCCAUGAGUCAGCCUGCGGCAGGACCGUCAGCCUCUUCUCCCCAGCUUUCUACACUGCCAAGUACGGAUACAAGCUGUGCCUGCGGCUCUACCUGAAUGGGGACGGGACGGGGAAGAGGACCCACCUGUCCCUCUUCAUCGUGAUCAUGAGAGGGGAGUAUGAUGCUCUGUUGCCGUGGCCUUUCCGGAACAAGGUCACUUUCAUGCUGCUCGACCAGAACAACCGUGAGCACGCCAUCGACGCCUUCCGGCCCGACCUGAACUCAGCAUCCUUCCAGCGGCCCCAGAGCGAAACCAAUGUGGCCAGCGGCUGCCCACUCUUCUUCCCCCUCAACAAGCUGCAGUCUCCCAAGCAUGCCUACGUGAAGGACGACACCAUGUUCCUCAAGUGCAUCGUGGAGACAGACGCUUAGGGCAGGAGGGGCCGAGCAAGCCGCACCCGGGUCCUGAGGGAGCACCCGCUCGGGUGGGGGUUCAGCAAGAUGACUGAGGUCCUGCCUUUGGCGCCCAAGAUCCCAAGGCACAAUGAUGGGCCGGGGCUGGCAUGACGUGAGCCGAGCGGACAGAUUGACCGUGGCUAGCUAUCAGUUUAGCGUGGCGGGACCUUGGACUGGGCCCACAAAGGCACAGGGUCCCAAAGGAGGUGGUGCAGGACUGAUCCCCCUGCACUGACCGUGCAGCACUGGAGCCCCAAGAGCCACCCGGCCCUGAAUGUUGAGAUGGACUCCGGCCGAGAUGGGGAGGGUGUGGGGACCAGGCUGGGGCGUGGAUGGGGAGCUGGAGGUGUGGAACCUCAGCAAAGAAGCUCCAGGGAUGGGAAGACCUCUGCAGGCCGCCACAGAGAGUGAGCUUGCUCUCGUCCUGCUUGGAAUCAGAACCAGGACCAGGGGGUGGAAGUGACAGGGUGCCAGUGCGAAUUCAAUCUGUCCCAGCCUGGACCGAGUUCCCCAGCACUGGAGGUGAACAAGCAAAACCAGGGGGCUACGCUGCGGGGAGGGCAUCAGAUGCGGGGAGGGGUGGUUUUGAAGACCUUCAUGGUUCCUUCCAGCCCAGAGUCUCUGACUCUAGGCCUCCUGGGCCAGACGAGGCCUAGUGCCGCAGGGGGUCUGGAAACAUUCAGGAGCCCGAUGCCCUCCAGUUUCCUGACUCACCUUCAGUACCGCCAGGUGGGCUGAGCUGACCCGCACGGCACCUGCCACACUGGGCCGGGCAGCCUGCUUGCCCUCCAUGCGGAGCCACGCAGAGGCCCUGCGUCCUGCGCGUCCCCCAGCUGAGCGCCCCUCCACCUUCUCCAGGUGAAACCAGGUCCCUAGCUCCCAGAGGCAGCUGGAAGGAGCGUGGAGAAGGAGAGGGGCACAGACUCUCCACGCUGCCUGCCUGGGGGCCCCACUCUUGGCCAUUUCCAGAAUCCCGUGUCGCCCGUUGAACGAAGGCAACCACAUCUCUAGUUGAUGGAUCAGGACUGCUGAGCCGCCCACAGAUGUUGACCUUUUAUAUGUAUAAAACCAAAGAAAGAAUUUUUUUUUAAAUCUCUUUUGCACUUUUCAUAAAGGGUAUGGUUGUGGGAGCUGGUGGUGACUUGUGAGCUCUGGGUGGCGCCGCCAGUUUUGCAGGUGGCAUCCAAGGCUGGUGUGCUGGCCUCUCUGCCUCAGUCUUCUGUCUGUAAUGGGGGAACCGCCCCGGUCUGCCUCCCUCGCUGAGUUCUGUGACCUCAAAGGAGAUGCUACACAGGAGAGGCUAGAGAGAGAAAGGCCCGGACACCACUGCCCACCUGGCCUGGCUGCAGCCCAUGCUUGUCUUCUCACCUUGGAGGUCCCUACACAACCAGUUCCUGUAGGGACCCUCGCCCAUCUUUCCAGAGCCCUGAGGCUGCAUGUUGCCGCUCAGAGAUGUAGGGCAGGUCCCCCGCUCUGCCUCUCCCCACCAGGCUUCCCUGCAGCUUACUCUUCCUCUGUUUGCCGAGGCUGUGAUGGGCUUCAUGCCUCACACCCUCAGGGUUCUCAUCUGUGAAAUGGGUCAGCAGCCCUGCCUGGCCUCUCUAGCCCAGCGUUUGUGAGGAUGAUGCUCACAUAAGAGGUAACGGAGCAGCACGGCCCAGUGGGAUCAGUAUAUCAGAAAACCCAGACCCACCCCUAGUCCAGACCUGGUAUCCCAUCAUGCCUCAGCCUCUUCAUUUACAAACACGGGGAAGCAUCCUGCCUGGCCCUGCCCAGCUCACAAAGUUUUCACGAGGCCCAAAUAUGAUACCCGAGCCCUAGUGCUUUGUAGUGUAAUGGCAUCUUGCCACAUGUGAUAGGCUACAAACAUGUCAGGGCUUCUUUUUCUCGUCCCCGCUGCUGACUUGCUUCCUUGAUGUGUGUAGAAACAAA